AUGGCUGCCGUUCCCCGGGACCUUCGAGACGCGGAUGGCGUGCGGAGGAGAGAGUCAUCGCCGCGGCCUGAUCGCCGACGGCGGCCAAGACUAUUGAGAGCUAGCGCGACUGAGCCGACCAUCACGACAACGUCCAAUGCCAGCCGCGGCGCUAUAUCGAGCCCGCAACCGUCCCAGAGAGCGACCGAACUGCUCAAUCGGGUGGCCGUCUACUCGGGGCACCCUCCCGAAUACUCACCGACCUCGGGCGCCGCACCGCCAAUGGCCUCGCUCAGCGUCGAAGAUGUAACUGUUCCAGCAACGAACCGUUCACAGGGUCAUCGAGAGCACCAUCCUUAUUCAAACGGCUACUUCAGCUUUCCCAAUUUUGAUGCUUGGGACGGAGAGCGGCGCAGUGACGACAAAGAGGAGGAUGCCUGA